AUGGCGAAUAACACAUCACUGGACUCUUUCAUGGAUUCAAACGAUUCCAUGGAUUAUUACUACGAUUUCAUGAGCGGUGGAGAGCGAGCAAAAUGGGGAUUCUGGCUGAAGACGGUUCUAACUCCAAUCAUUGUUACCGCGGGACUCGUUGGCAACAUUCUUUCACUUAUCGUCAUGAAAUCCAAAGCUCUGCGUCAUAAAUCGUACUCUCAGUAUUUAUGUGUUCUCGCUAUCUGUGACACAUUGACACUUGUAAUCCGACAGAUACGAUCCGUAGACGAAUAUUUUCUAGAGACAUCUUAUACGGCAGUGGUCUUCCGUAAUUUCGAUGAUUUCGGCUGUAAGCUUUUCAAUUUUACAGAACACGUGUCUUACCUCAUGUCAUCAUGGAUAAUUGUUUUAAUGGCAUUGGAAAGACUAAUUGCUGUCUGUAUGCCAUUCAAAAAGUUUAUGAUACGGAAACGGUCCGGUUCUACUCUGGCUUUAAUUGCAAUGUUCGUGUCCAUUUGUCUUAGUCAAGCCUUUCGUCUUGUCAUGGUGGAGCAACUGGAUUCAGCUAGCUGCGGAGCAAGUGAUAGCUUUAUUGAACUAUAUUCCAACCUCCACAUCUAUUUUUAUUACAUGUGUUUGACAUUUAUCCUACCAGUGUCAUGUGUAAUAGUGUGUAACGGACUCGUCCUCUACCAAAUCUUCAAAAUCAGGCACGAAAUAAAAACGCGCGUAGACCGGAAUCACCGACAACACCGCGCUAUGCGGAAGACACACCGAACAACAUGCAUGCUGCUGACUGUUUCGUUCACAUUUCUUGGCACGAUGUUACCGCUUCUUACCAUUUCAAUGAUUAUAGACAUUGUUGUGAAGACAAGGGGACCCGCAGCAUAUCCGUUUUAUGUUGCGAUGACACCAUACCUUGACAUAGCUGUUGUAGUGUCUCUCGUUAACUACGCUGCAAACUUCUUCAUAUACAUUUUGUCAGGAAGGAAUUUCCGGUAUGAGUUAAGAAAGUUUUUCCACAAUCAGCGAACAUCGAUUCGGAGUUUAACUGCGAGAAGUUCGAAGGAAACUAAGGAAGAAGUAGUUCGUGUAUAA